AUGGACCCUGAAGAAACACUAUGUGCAGAUAAUACAUGGAUGAAGAAGGACUCAUCCGGUGAUGAAUCCCUCAGAACACUUCUGAACAAUCCAUGUUUUGUAAACAACUCUCAGCAGCCGUUUUCAGAUUUGGCGCAUUCGAACAACUCGCCUCAAGAUUGGGAUCCGAAUGCAAUGCUCAACAACCUCUCUCUCCUAGAACAAAAAAUCCACCAGCUUCAAGAUUUGGUCCAUGUGAUCGUUAAGCGUAAGACCCAAAACGACGGUCGAGAUGAAAUCUUGAUCCAGCAACAGCAGCUCGUCACUGCUGACCUCACCUCGAUCAUCGUGCAACUAAUAUCGACGGCCGGGAGCCUCUUGCCGUCUGUGAAGCAAACCCCUCUCAGCCAGAUGGCCCGAUUCGGGCCCUCGAGCUCGAAUCAGCUCAACAAUGUUCUCACUCAGAACAAUGUGGAAGAGGGCCCGAGCUUAAAUGGCCCGGUUGAGGAGCAUGAUGAGAAAACCGACGAUGAGCAUGAAGAAGGCGAAAACUUACCACCCGGCUCGUACGAGAUAUUGCAGCUCGAGAAGGAGGAAAUUCUCGCGCCCCACACCCAUUUUUGCACGAUUUGCGGAAAAGGGUUCAAACGGGACGCCAAUCUACGCAUGCACAUGAGGGGUCACGGUGACGAGUACAAAACCCCGGCUGCACUGGCAAAGCCCCAUAAAGAAUCAAGCUCCGAGCAAGUUCUUGUGAAGAGGUAUUCUUGCCCGUUUGUGGGCUGCAAGCGGAACAAGGAUCACCGCAAGUUCCAGCCUUUGAAGACGAUUUUGUGCGUGAAAAAUCAUUACAAGAGGACUCAUUGCGACAAAACGUACACUUGCAGCAGGUGUAAUACGAAGAAAUUCUCCGUGAUUGCUGAUUUGAAAACGCACGAGAAGCACUGUGGUAGGGACAAGUGGCUUUGUUCGUGUGGGACCACUUUUUCGAGGAAAGACAAGCUUUUCGGCCAUAUCGCGCUGUUUCAAGGGCAUACGCCGGCUAUACCCGUCGAGGACUGUAAAGGGUUUCAAGGGCCGUCUAACAAAAUCGAGCAGGUUGAAUUCGGUUGUAAGGCGGAGGGUCCAAGUAAUGGCGCGUGUGGAGAUGUUGUGAUGGAUUUGGAAGGUUCCGGAGGAGAUUCGAUUGCUUAUUUUUCGCCUUUGGGUUUCGAGACGGAUAGCAUUGGGGGGUUUAGUGAUUUUCCGAGGCCUCCUUUUGAGGACUCGGAUAGCUCGUUCUCUUUUCUGCUCACGGGCUCGUGCAAUUACCCCCCGAAGGAUGGUGGGUGCUCGAACGGUAUGGAGUAG